AGUGUAGAAGUGAGUAAAGUGCUGCUGGCUGACUCUCUGUGUCUCCAGUGGCGGAGCUGAAGUUCGUGGAACAGGCCGAGGGUUUGGCGAAGAACCUCAUGUCUCUAAGAGAUCGCUCGUCCCGGCUGUCGCUGCGACUCGAAGAGCUGAAGAGCAACGUCCAUAAACAGAUGGAGGAGCUGUACCGGACAGAGGUGCACAUCGACAUGCAGCUGCGAGCCUGCUCCGGCUCCUGUCGCUCCGCGUUUCCGUUCGCGGUCGAUCAUCUCGGCUUCGAGACGCUUCACGCCGACCUGCAGCAGAUGGACCGGAGGAGGAAGUCGGCCCCGCCUCCGGAGGACGUCCCACAUGUCACCCUGCAGCCGGUAGACAUCAGCCCGCCACCGCCACCAGAGUACCGGACCAUCCCGACGGUCCGGAGAGAACUGUUGACCCAGUUUGAGGACAUCGGGCAGAACCGGGUGGUUCUGGAGGAGCUGCUGGACUGAAGUUUGACAGCUGACAGUGGGAGCAGCCGACGGGUCUUUCUUUUCUCGUGUAACAGCACCUUGUGGUUUUAUUUUGAAGGGGCUGAUUUAAAUAAACACCAUCACUGUUGUUGAAGAAAACUUGAAACUAACGAGAGACCAUAAACUCAGUACGAGAAUGUUUACUGAGGUCACCAAUCAAGUCAGAAGUAGGCUAAUUUUCUCAUAGGCUCUAUACAAUAAUUAUAUAUAAUAUAAUUAAAAACAAUUAUAACAAUUAAAAAGAACAAACACAUUUUUUCCAACCAAAAAAAUGAUACUUUGAGCAAAAUAUUAAUGUCUGAAAAACAACUUGAACAUUAUUUUAUUUGAAAUAAAAAAACUCAAAACUGUGGAUAUAAUAAAUAAUAAUCUUUCCUUAUUAAGCAUGCAUUUUUUCUGGAAUAUUCUGCCUCUCAUCACGUCUGUUAAACAGAUAUUUAAAAUAUAAUUGCAUGGAGAACACACUCCUCUUUUUUCCUGUAAUAAUAUUUAUGUCACCUUCUCCACAUAUAGACAGAUAUAAUAACUCAUUUCUGUUGAUAUCAACCUCAUUUUUUGUUAUUUGUAUAUUCACAGUUAAUAAAAGACAGUUUUGCACAAUUCUGGUUUCUCUCCUUUA